GUGCUGCGAGCAUGCAAAAUGGAAGUGGACCAUGAAAAACAGGAGGCUCCAUUCCUCGGAUUUUCGGAGAACAUUAUACGUGAAAGGAGUGCCGAGAUUGUGUCCGGCGGGAACGUGUUUUACAAUCCCGUGCAGGAGUUUAACCGUGAUCUUAGCAUUGCCGUUAUAAACGUAUAUUUUCAACGAUUGGUAAAGGAGCGGCACGAGCGUGCGUUGAAAAAGCAACACACACAACAACAACCCACCGAAACACCGCCACCUGUAGAGUCGCAGGCGACAUACGUAGCCGGUACCCAGUACGAGGAUGGCUUGCGCAUUUUGGAAGCGCUGUCGGCCACAGGUUUGCGCAGUAUUCGCUAUGCCAAAGAAAUAGCCGGCGUACACACCAUUGUGGCCAAUGAUUUGUCGAAGCAAGCGGUGGAAUCGAUUAAGGCCAACGUGCAACAUAACGGUGUGGAGCACCUGGUUGAGACGAGCCAUGCGGAUGCAAUGACCGUCAUGUACUUAUCAACGCCGGCGGCGAAACGCUUCGAUGCUGUGGAUUUGGAUCCUUAUGGCUGUCCAAAUCGUUUUCUAGAUGGUGCAAUACAAUGCCUAGUCAAUGGUGGUCUGUUGCUCGUCACCGCAACGGAUAUGGCCGUCUUGGCAGGCAAUAUGCCAGAGGCGUGUUUUGCAAAAUACGGAUCUGUGCCACUGCGCAUGAAAUGUUGCCAUGAGAUGGCACUGCGUAUACUUCUGCACUGUAUCGAAACGCACGCCAAUCGCUACGGGAAAUACGUUGAGCCCCUGCUGAGCAUAUCUGCCGACUUCUACGUGAGAAUCUUUCUACGUGUGCAUGUCGGACAGGCACAGUGUAAAUACAGCAUGAGCAAGCAAUCAAUGGUCUACCAGUGCACGGGCUGUGAAACCCACACGCUGCAGCCAUUGGGCAUCAUAAGGCACAGUCCGUCCCCAGAGAAUCCGCAAAAGGUGAAGUUUAGCAUACCCACUGGACCGGCAGUGGGCAGCAGUUGCCAGCAUUGCGGUCACAAGCACCAUAUGGGCGGUCCGAUCUGGUCGGCGCCUAUACACAAUACGGACUUCGUCACGGAUUUGCUCAAUGCUGUGCGUUGUGAGCCCUUGUCUGCAUGUACCACUCAACGACGAAUUGUGGGCAUGCUGUCCAUGGUGCUGGAAGAGCUGCAGGAUGUGCCCCUCUACUAUACACCCGAUAAGCUCUGUUGCGUGCUUAAGCUAGAAAUAGUGCCUAUGCUGAAGCUUCGUUCGGCCCUACUGCAUGCGGGCUACCGCGUCUCCUACUCGCAUGCCAGCAAAAACUCGCUUAAAACGGAUGCACCGCCAGCGGUGCUCUGGGACAUCCUGCGAUGCUGGAACAAGCGGCAUCCGGUACGAGCAGAACGCAUGAUCGAGGGCACUCCCCUGCAAGCCAUACUCGCAAAACCGUGCAGUGCUGAUUACGAAUUUGACAAGCUGCAUGAGGCCGCAAAUCCGAGCAGUCGCAAGCAGGCACUCUCACGCUUCCAGGAGAAUCCUACACCGCACUGGGGACCUGGCACCCGCGCUACCAUUAUGAUCGGUGAUAACAAAAUGCCCAAGAGUUAUCGUAACCAAAACAAAAAACAACGCCAUAAAGCAGCGCCGGAGGCUUCAGAGGUGGAACUGCAGCUGGAAGAACCAACUGGUGCGGCCAAACAGCCGAAACUGAUGUCUCCUGCGUGACUUGCACUUAUGACGUUGCUCUGUAAAUUUUAUUCAAUUUUCCCAAUAAUUAUAUGUUGUAUCGUG